UAACCUCAUCCCAAACUCUCCUCAAUGAUGAUCACCAUUAAGCUAUUUUUAUGUGCCCUAUUCUUCGUCCUCUUAAACUCUCUUUUUCAUCAAGUACGGGGUCAAAGUUACCAACCUAACACAACCUCUUCAUGGCUUAAGAGCCACACCAAAGCAGCUACAACAACAAAUUGCGGUAGGGCAAAGCAACCGAUGUGUAAACCAUUGACUUGCAAACGAUCCGGACCACCAAUGGCUCGGAUGAGAUGCUGUCGUAACCAAUGCGUCGAUGUCUUGUCCGAUCCAAACCAUUGUCGGUUCUGUUUCCGGAGUUGUCGGUUCGGGUUAUCAUGUUGUGGUGGAGAUUGUGUGGACACAAACAAUGAUCCGUCUAAUUGCGGACAGUGCGGGAACGAGUGUGAGUCGGGUGCGCCGUGUGAGUUUGGUAUGUGUGGUUAUGCUGCUCCGUCGUCACAGCCUCGAAAACGUCAUCGACGUCGUCCUAAGUUUCAUAGGCCACGUCGUCCUAAGUUUCAUAGGCCACGUCCUCCUCCAUGUCCCGACAGUAAACUUUUUGAUGAUCGUGAAUCGUGAUGAUGAAUGAAUCGAUCAUUCAUAACGUGGUGAGAUCGAGUCUUUGAGUUUAACAUUUAUUGUUCUGCGUUGAUUAAUCAUAUGUGAUUUCGAGAGUUCAUUUUUUUGAUGAAUUUUAUUUUGUAAUGAUAAUAAAUUUGAUUAUAUGAGUGGUUUAUGUUUAGGAUUCGCUGUAUUUUGUAUGGUGUCAUUUGUAAUUUUAAGUCGUCGGUCCAAUUAUAACA